AAUAAUUUCACCAAAAAAUUAACUCCACAAAUCACAUUCAGUUUUCUCCUUUACUUUGUUUUGCCAAAGAAAAAAAGAUGUCUCUCAGGCCUGUAUUUGGUGGUCGGAAAAAUCAUGCACACCAGGUGCAUGAUCCUUAUUCCGACCACCAUGCAUAUCAGGUGCAUGAUCCUUAUUCUCAUCAUCCACAUCAAGUGCAUGAUCCUUAUUCUCAACACGCACACCAAGUGCACGACCCUUUUGCUCAUGAAGUAUGGGAUUCUUUCCACGAAUUUUAUCUCGAAAACCCUCUAGCCCUCAUAGCCCCAGCACCUGCAACGAUGGCGCAAAUCGAGUAUAAAGAAACACCAGAGGCACAUAUCUUUAGGUGUAACUUGCAUGGCUACAAGAAAGAAGACGUCAAAGUACAGGUGGAGGACGACAAAGUACUGAAGAUUACUGGGGAAACAAGGAUGAAGAAAGGAGAUAAAUGGAACCAUUAUGAAAGAAGCAGUGGGAAAUUCUUCACAUCCUUUUCACUGCCUCUGAAUUCUAGGGCUAAUUAUGUCAAGUCAUCAAUGGAAAAUGGAGUGCUCACUAUAACUGUUCCUAAGAAGGAAAUUAGCAGGAACCACCACCAUCUUAGAACUAUUCAAAUUAAUUAAUUGAAUAAAGCAUGAAUCUUAUGGUAUAAUAUAUAUGUCUUGUUUAAUUUGCUACUCCACAUAAUAUAUAUAAUAUUGUGGAAUGAGAAGUAAAAAUAAAGAGAGAAGAGUAAAAAGUUUUAGUAGUACUAUAUAAUAUGGAGAGAAGAAUUAAAAGUAGUUUGACAUAUGCUUGUGUAAUAGUAGUAGUAACUACUACAUAAAUAAAAUGUUAAUGUUUAUUA